CCUCAGGAGGGAGAGGCAGGGGCAGACUCACCCCCACCCCCGGGCCCCACACGCCUGCCCUGCCGGUUCCGCAGACCAUAGGUCACCCCGCACACCCCGAGGCGACGACGUCAGCACCUGCCCGCCCAUGCAGACCCUGUCCCCUGAAUUAUUGAUGCGGCUGACAGGCCGAACCACAGCAGCACCACCACCAACUCCCACACCGGCGCAAAGCCCGGCUCAAAGCAUCCCCCGUCCCCUGCAGUGCUCAAGGUCACAGGCGAGGGGAGACGAACAGGCCGAGAGGAGCCGCCACAGCCGCCUUCCCUCCUGCCGCAGUGCUUCCCGCCUGCGCCCACCUGGAGGCGUGGCCGGCUCUGACGUCACCCAGAGCCAAUGGGAGUGCAGGGCCCUGAGGGUUGGGGGCCUCAGAGUGCACCGCACUGUGGCCCUUGGGGCGCUGCCCUUGCGCAGUGCUCCAAGGGACGGGGAUGCUUGGCUUCGAUUGGGCUGAACUGAGUCCUGAGCUCCCCGCAGAGUCAGAGAAGGCGUUAGGGAGGUGGGCAGCAGGGUUCAGUGAAGGUCACUGGGCUUUGUAGGACAGGCAGCCCGGCGACGCCCAGGCCCAGCCCCAGCACUUCCCAUCCUGGGAGAUGAGCCCUAGUAGGGUCUGACCACGUCACCUCAGAGGGAUGGGGACCGGGCGGCCACACCAGGGGUGGGAGGAGACAGUCGGGACCUGCUCAGCAGCGGAGGGCAGACACCCCUCGCAGCCCUCACGUUGACCCGCAGGCUGCGGAUCUGGGUUUGGAAGACACCGCCCUGGGCUCUUGACGUCUGAACCCGGGAGGAUAACUGUCCUUUAUGCAGCCGGAGGCGCAUUGCAGCUGUUCUGCAGUCCCACCCUCCAAAGCUGAGAGAACUCACAGGUUGCUGUGAAGGGGCUGCCUGGUCAGGAGCUCCCUCACGUGGAACCUGAUCUCCUGUGAACAUGCAACCUUCAGUGCACCGCCCUGGCCCCUGAGACUGGCACCUGGCAGGGCCCACCCUCCCUACUCUGGGAUUGACCUUGGGAACAUGACAUCGAGACGCCCUACGGCCUUCUGCACGUGGUGAUCCGGGGCUCCCCCAAGGGGAACCGCCCAGCCAUCCUCACCUACCAUGAUGUGGGCCUCAACCACAAACUAUGCUUCAACACCUUCUUCAACUUCGAGGACAUGCAGGAGAUCACCAAGCACUUUGUGGUGUGUCACGUGGAUGCCCCUGGACAACAGGUGGGGGCGUCGCAGUUCCCUCAGGGGUACCAGUUCCCCUCCAUGGAGCAGCUGGCUGCCAUGCUCCCUAGCGUGGUGCAGCAUUUCGGGUUCAAGUACGUGAUUGGCAUCGGAGUGGGUGCCGGAGCCUAUGUGCUGGCCAAGUUUGCACUCAUCUUCCCCGACCUGGUGGAGGGGCUGGUGCUGGUGAACAUCGACCCCAACGGCAAAGGCUGGAUAGACUGGGCUGCCACCAAGCUCUCCGGCCUAACUAGCACUUUACCCGACACGGUGCUCUCCCACCUCUUCAGCCAGGAGGAGCUAGUGAACAACACAGAGUUGGUGCAGAGCUACCGGCAGCAGAUUGGGAACGUGGUGAACCAGGCCAACCUGCAGCUCUUCUGGAACAUGUACAACAGCCGCAGAGACCUGGACAUUAACCGGCCUGGAACAGUGCUCAAUGCCAAGACGCUCCGCUGCCCCGUGAUGCUGGUGGUCGGGGAUAAUGCACCUGCUGAGGACGGGGUGGUGGAGUGCAACUCCAAACUGGACCCGACCACCACGACCUUCCUGAAGAUGGCAGACUCCGGAGGGCUGCCCCAGGUCACACAGCCAGGGAAGCUGACUGAAGCCUUCAAAUACUUCCUGCAAGGCAUGGGCUACAAAGCAGUCCUACUUCUCCACCGGCAUCCUCGAGGGAGGCACGGCUGGAAACCCAGCACCUCCCUGCACCAGCUGCUCAGGGCUGCCUGUGCCCUCAGCCAGCAUGACCCGCCUGGCACGCUCCCGCACUGCAUCCCUCACCAGUGCCAGCUCGGUGGAUGGCAGCCGCCCACAGGCCUGCACCCACUCGGAGAGCAGCGAGGGGCUGGGCCAGGUCAACCACACCAUGGAGGUAUCCUGUUGAAGCCCUCGAUCCCGCUGACGACGCCCACCUGUCCGCCCACGUCAAGGCCCCACCGCCAUCCUUGCGCCGGCUCAUGUUCCCUUUAGUUUAUUUUUGUGAGGGCAAAGGGGAGGAAAUGGGGUUCUGUUUGAAAAAAAUGAGGGGAUCUAUCUUAGAUCCUUCAGCGGAACAGUCUCCAGGUGUUUUGAGGGGCUCACUCCUCCCCACCCCAUCUCACUCUCCGUGGUAACUUGGCCGACUUGACCCCUCUCAUCUCACUCCCUGCGGCCCAGGCACAGGAGGGCAGGGCCAUAGGGAGGGAGAUUCUCUAAGGAUCCAGGCCAUUCCUGGGUGAGCCCUUGGGCAGGCAUGUUUGCAGAUGGGAGAGGCUUCGAGAGGGUGGUUACUGGGCCCACAGGGGUGCAGGGCCAGCUCAGGCACUGGAGUGGGAGCCCUGGGAGACCCCUUCCCCCACUCUCCACCAAGCACACCCGUUUCUGUCUCAUAGCACAUGUGACAAUCAUCUGGACAAUAGCCACAAGGGGGCGCUCGGACCAGGCAGCCACUUUCCUGGUGCUCUCUGGGCCCAGCUGGUGCUGUAGGGCCAGGCAGGCAGGGGCGUCGGGGUUUCUCUGCCCAAGGAAGACAGAACAUGGAGAACCGUGAGGGCAGGAACCCCACAGACCGUCCCUUCCAGCCCACACUCUGCCACCUCCUGGCCCUCUCCCAUUUCUGAGCCAAGGCCUCCCCGAGGCAGAAGUUGCCUGGUCGUCUGUCCCCACAGUGACCUGACUGGGGGUGAGGGAGAAGGAAGAGAGAGCCCAUGUGUGGCGUGUGUGCCCUGAGAACAUCGUGGUGACUGCCUUUGGGAGCCCGCAGGUGGCCAGAGGCAGGGGUAGCUGAGUUCCUGGAGACCCCUUUUUUGCCCCCAGGUUCCCCAGAGGGCAAUGCCUUCAGUAGCAGUGUGGUGUUUCAGGCAGAGCUCUGGCCAGGCUGUGCCAGCGUGUCCUGGAAGCAUCACUAAGGAAGAGUGAGUUUAUUCAGUCAACUGGCCCAAGGCAGCGAGACUUCUACAGUCCCAUACCCCAUAGCCCCCUGGGCUGGGGCUUACUAGGGGCUGAUGAUUCUGGACACGAACAAGAGCCAGGUAGAGGAGAAAGGCUUCCCCCACACCCCAGCCCCCUGCUGUCCCCUGAAGCCCAGGACUGUUGUGUGCUUUCCAUCCACCCACCUUACCCUAUAGCAUCUUGCGGCCCAGAAACCAGAGCCAUUUGUCUCAGAUCCUAAAUCAAUGGUCACAAACCUCAAAACAGAGAGGGGAGAGAGCAAUGAAAACAUGAAGGGCUGUGGAGGGGGAGGGUUGUGGUGGGUGUUCGGAGGCUGAGAGGACACCUAUAUGCGUAUUUCCUCUAUACACAUCACCCCCCUUCUGUAAUCUUAAGCCAUGACUAGCCUGGUGAUGUGUUAGUUUGUGCCGAGUUCUACCCCCUCAUGUGCUGCUUCUGAAUACUGAAUGUGACUGGUUGAAAGCUGGUAGAAUUCAUCCCUCUUACUGUAGAUAGCACUGCAAAUCUUGGAAUUUUUUUUUUUGUUUUUUGCUGUGUUUCCAGAUGAAAUAUCUAUAUCUAUACAUUAUAUAUAUAGAUGUGUGUGUGUGUGCGUGUGUGUGUGUGUGUGUGUACAUUGGGUCCUCCCAUGUGUGGUGGUCCUCCGGAGGCUGUCUCUUUGGUCAAGGUGAACUUUUAAUGUUUAUUAUUUUCUUCUCCGCACAAAGAGCCUAAUUCUGUGUAUUCUGGUGGCUGCUGUCAUGAGAUGACAAAAUGUAAAACAAAACUCUAGUCAACGUAGAAAGAGUUAACUGUGCUGAAAAACUAAUAAAGAACCUAAGAAUUCCA